AUGCUGAAUGAGCGGCCGGGCCAAGUUGUUCACCCCCGUCAUGUGGUUGGUGAUCUGUCCGAUUGCUAUCAGCUCAUACUUUGCCAUCCCCUUUUCGCCAGUUUUUUCCCAUUCUCCGUAUCCUCGCUUCAUAAUCAGCCUCCGUUUUCCCCUGUCCCGACGAGCUCCAUCAUUGCCUCGCCCUACUCACAACUCCCCUUCACCCCCAAACACACGCAUACAGCCACGGUGGAGACGCAAACGUCCACACGCACCAACCUCUGCACUGGGCCACUACCGCUUUCUCUCUCUCCUCCACUCGGCUUACCGUCCAAUCGGAUAGUUACACCGCCAGGGGUGGAUAGGGGUGCCAUUUUAUAUGCUUUUGAUUGCAAUCGUCAGGCCCCGGCACACACUCGGUUAUGA